AUGUCUACCCUAGCAGGCGAAGGCCUGACUUCAAUCAAGGCUGGCAAUUACGCUGAAGGCAUUGAGAAGCUUAGCCAGGCUUUAAAGCAGCAGCGGGCUCCUCUAUGGCUUAUUGAGCGAUCAAAGGCCUACUUGCGAACGGAGCAGUUCGAACUUGCUCUCCACGAUGCCGAACACGCCCUGUCAAUCGCCCUCAGCCGUGCUAACCGCGACCUGAUGAUUGAGGCCCAGCUCCGAAGAGCCAUCACGCUCUUUCGCAUGCAGAAGUAUGCCGACGCCGAUGUCUGUGCAUAUUGGACUCUUCAGUUAAUCGCAGGUGCCAAGGCCACUGAGGACGAUGGCCAACAGAAGAAGGUUGACGGUAAUGGUGAUUACGCCGUCACCAUGGCGGAGGUUCAGGAGGGAAACAACAAGGUUCUAGAGGCCAAUAAGAAGAAUGUUAACCUCCAAGGUCUCGCCGGCGACAGAUCCAAGACAACGACUAAUCGCAACUUGGCCAUUACGUGGCGCAUGAAUUCCCUGAGCGCCAUGGAGAAGCUUGAGCCAGGUGCGCCUGGCCGCAAGGUUACUGUCGAGAAGUACCCCAAGCCCUCAGAGACACCCCCCGUAAAGGAAUCAGCCAUCCAGACUGUCCAGGUCAAUGAGAUUGACGCUGAGGAUGAGUCCGACCAGGAGACUGGCAAGCCCCAGAUUCCCCAGCACAUCCUAGAUGGAGCUGCUCCUUCACGUGCUUCUACCGUGACUUGGACGGAAAUCUGGAACCAGUUUCAGGCCGAACACAGAAAGCAUGACGUCCGCGUGGAUUGGUACGAGACUGAUACCAGUGUUUCGGUGAGCUUAUUCGUCAAGAACGUCCCGAAGGACCUCGCUCAGGUGGACUCCAAGGAGAGCAGUGUUACUGUCAGUCCGAUCAGCAGCAUCACAUCCGGAGCCUUUACCUUGCACCUUAAGGGCAAGAUUAGGCCCGAGGAGACAACUUACACCGUAAAGAGCAUGAAGAUUGAGCUGUCGUUGAAGAAGCAGACUGCCGGAAAGUGGCGAGUCCUAAGAGACACCAAUGCCGAAGCCAAGUUUUAUGAUCAGGCAACUUUCAUCAAGCAUGCCGAAUCCAGGGGUCUUCAACCUAAUCAGUUCGGAAUCGAUGAGUCCAAAGGCGAUCUUGAUUCUUGGUAUGAGAAACUGUACAAGGCAAUGUUCGACACUGCCGCCAGUAAUGGCACGGCUGCCACUCCAGCUUCAUCAUCAGCCGCCGAGCCUCAGAAGACUGUGACAGCACCUGUCGAGAAAGCCAAAGCCUCUGCACCUGCAUACCCCACAUCCUCCAAGUCUGGCCCCAAGAACUGGGAUACCUUGAAACUUGACGACGACAUCGAUGAGGACAAGCAGGAGACUCCCGACGACUUCUUUAAAAUGAUCUACAAGGGUUCUGAUGAUGAUACCAGAAGAGCCAUGAUGAAGAGCUACGUAGAGAGCAAUGGCACAAGUCUCAGCACCAAUUGGGAAGAGGCAUCCAAGACGAGCUACAAGACGGAGCCCCCCGAGGGAGCUACGGCCAAGAAGUGGGACGAGUAA